AUGCCUCCUAGAAGAAUUGUUAGAAAACAGAGUUUAGCAUCCAAGCUGAAGUCAUACCCAUUUGAUUUAUUGCUGGCUUUAAAUGAACAGAGAGAGCUUAUAGAUUGGGAUUCAUAUUCAAAGACCUUUGCCUUACCGUUUGGUGUGUUACUGACAGUAACUUAUUUCUUCCUUAGACUAUGGCAAGACAACACCGUUGUAGAGAAGAAGCAAAUGUAUUUUGACUAUCAUAAGCAGCAAUUGUUGAGAGACUCAAAGUAUUUCAAUAAAUCAGAUGUCUCAGUCAUACCCAAGCUAUUGUUCAUGCUACAGCUUAUAAUCAUCACAAUCAACGUUCUAAACACAUCAUUCUUUUUAUUGAAAACAAAAAAAUAUACCAUAUUCAACAAGGUUUCUAUUUCACACACGUCAUCAGCCAGAAAAAUAUCAAAAGAUGGCUCUUCGAGAUCAUUGUUUGAUCUACUACAAUUCUGGAAGAAAACCGAAGAGCCUGAGAUUGAAUCAUAUUGGGAGCUCAACAUCUGGAACCCUUCCAAGUUCUCAACAUAUUUAUUUGUUUCAUUCCCACCGUUCAAUAUUUUGUUUUUAUAUCUGUCACAAUCAUCCUUCAAAAACUUGGUGUUUCUAUUUUCCACGUCUUUGGUUUUAUAUUUUGUCAUUGUUAAAGGAUACCUGGUCUUGAUAGAAGAUAAACAGGUCCUAUAUCAGGAGACAUUUGAUGAAUACCAGAGAAAGUAUGUGAAUCCAAAACUAUCCGUGGCUAAGAGGGAAGUGGCAAUUGAUGCUACCCAUGGUCCGUAUAAUGAUUCAAUUGAAUAUUAUUCACCAGGAAGAACAGAGAAACUUUUUAAAACUCAUGAUUACAAGGGAAGGGAAUCAGUGGAGACUUUUGAACAAGGUGAAUUUACUCCUGUAAAGAAAUCUACACCAUUGAGAAAGUCAGUAUUUACUCCAAGAAGUUCUAGAUUUACAACAUCUUAUCAUCCUUCACCAUUAUCAAGAAAAUCACAUCCAGGGUUCUAA